AUGGAAGCUCGAGAUCCCCUUCUACAUCCUUCCGUCUCGUACGGAGCUACUUCCCAAAAGGGCUCCCUGGAAGCAGCCAUGAUAGCCCGGUCGCUGGCGCCGUUGAUCCUCACGUUUCUUCUCCAGUUUUUGCUACAAACAACCACCAUAUUCGUUUCGGGCCGCCUAGGGUCUACUGAACUCGCCGUUGCUUCCCUCGCCCUAUGCUCCUUCAACAUCACCGCGGUGGCGUUCUACCAGGGCAUGAGCACCUCGUUGGACAGUUUUUGUUCUCAGGCUUUUGGAGCAGGAAGACCACACAUGGUGGGGGUUUACUUCCAGCGCUGCUCCGUGAUGAUGCUAGCGGUGACGGUGUUUCCGCUUCUCCCGCUUUGGUGGUUUUCGGGUCUGAUUUUGAAACGCCUCGUGCCGUCAGAGGACCUUGCGCUUCAGUGCCAGACGUUCCUCAGAAUCAUGAUAGUAGACGCCCCGGGACUCUUGUUUUUCGAAACAGCAAAGCGUUUCUUCCAGGCACAGCAUAUUUUCAACGCAGGCACCUACGCCUUGGCGGUUUCCGUUCCUCUUCACGGAGUGCUCAACUGGUUUCUUGUUCUCCAUCCUACCACAGGCCUCGGGCUCGUGGGCCUCCCAAUUGCAUUGUCCAUUUCCUUCUGGAUCAACCCAAUCGUUUUGCUUUUGUAUGCGGUGUUUGUGGACGGCACCAGGUGCUGGGGAGGCAUCGACUGGAGAAAGGCCACCGUCAACUGGAAACCCAUGCUCCGCUUGGCUGUUCCAGGCGUGGUGAUGGUGGAAGCGGAAUACUUGGCUUUUGAGGUGAUGACGAUUUUGGCCGCCUCUUUCGGCACCACCGCCUUGGCGGCUCAGUCUAUCGGUUCCAAUGUCGGUGGUAUCGCUUUCCAGAUUCCCUUUGCAGUUUCUGUGGCUGUCACAACCCGAGUAGGGCACUUUAUUGGCCUUCAGGAUAUAAAAGCAGCACAGUCGGUGACCAGGAGUUCCAUCUGCGUUGGCGUUGGCAUGGGCGUUCUCAACUUCGUGGUGCUCUUCUUCGGAAGAACGCCCAUCUCCAGUUUGUACUCAGACGACUCGAAAGUUGUCCACACCGCAAGCAAGGUUCUAGCUCUAGCAGCGAUCAACCAGAUUGCCGACUGCACCAACAUCAUCGCUGCUGGCGUGUUGAGGGGCCAAGGAAGACAGAAGAUUGGGUCGUACCUCAACCUCGCUUCAUACUACUUGAUAGCGCUUCCGUCAGCUUACUUUUUUGCAUUCAAGCUCGAUACAGAGGUCUACGGGCUCUGGUUUGGGCUCAUCUGUGGUGUCACCGUGCUUGCAUUGGGAGAGGUGUUCUGUGUGGUUAGAAGUCGGUGGGAACAUAUUGUGGAUGAGUGCAGCAAAAACCACGAUACGUGA